AUGGAAGCUUUAAAGCUUAAACGAAAAACAGUUAGAUCUGCAUUUACUAGAUUGUUUAAUCAUUUAGAUGAGUCAGCGAAAACGGAAGUAAACAUUGCAGAUGAUUUAGAUUGUUUGGCAACUUUCCAGCUGCUUGGCGAGAAAAAUAAUGAACUUUUGCAAUUAAAUGAAGAUAUUUUGAAUCGUUUGUUGAUGUCUGAAGAAAUAAAUGAAGACGAUAUUGAAAAGGAAUCUCGUUCAGCAGAUGAGUAUUCACUCAAUUUUAAAAGAAUGAGUUUAUUAGUGGAUCGAAAAACUAAUCCCGCUGUUAACGCUGAUACAUCAUCUUCAGUUGGCGGUGAAAAGCGGAAAUUCAAGCUGCCUCAUUUGGAACUGAAGAAAUUUGGCGGGGAAAUUAAAGAUUGGCUGCCAUUUUGGGGACAAUUCAGAAAAAUUGAUGAAGACAACGAUAUUGAUGAAACCGACAAGUUUCAAUAUUUAGUCCAAGCAACUAUCCCGAAUUCCAGAGCGAGGGAAUUAGUUGAAAGUUUUCCCCCUACCUCCGGAAAUUAUUGCAAGGCGAUUGAUUGUCUGAAAUCUAGAUUCGGCAGAGAUGAUUUAUUGGUUGAAUAUUACGUUAGAGAAUUGUUAAAAUUGACACUCGCAUUUAAUCUUAAAGAGAAACAUGUUGAAUUAUCAACUGUUUAUGAUAGACUUGAAACCCAGCUGAGAUCAUUAGAAACUCUUGGCGUUACUACAGCAAAGUAUGCGGCCAUGUUGUUUCCCUUGGUUGAGUCUUGUUUAAGUGAAGAAGUUUUAAGAGCCUGGCGGAGAAAUGAUAGAGGAUUGGAUAGAAAAGAUGACACAAAAGAAUCUCGAUUGGAAAGUUUGAUGAAAUUUUUGAAGAACGAAGUUGAAAAUGAGGACAGGAUAGCUCUUGCUAUGGAAGGCUUCUCUUUGAAAGAAAAUAGCAAAAAUAUAAAGAUUAAAAGAGACUUGCCGACAGCUGCGGGACUUUUUUCAGGAAACCAAAAAUCUGUUUUGAAGUGUGCAUUUUGUGACAAGAACAAUCAUGAAUCCAAAGAAUGUCAUGUUGCUCGAAAUUUGGAUUUAAGUGAGAAAAUGAACCGAUUGAAGAAAAGAGGUUGCUGUUUCAGAUGUCUAAGUAACGGUCACGUGUCAAAGCUAUGCAGGGUCCAAGUGAAUUGUGGAAUUUGUGGUCAAAGACAUCAUGCUGUGAUGUGCCCUGAUAGAAAGACCGUUGAGUCUUCUAACUCUCAAGAAGCAACGGAAAGUUCAAUCAAUUUUGGACAGUUCAAUACAUUGACCAAUCCCACAUGUUCUACAAGUGUGUUUCUACAAACCCUGGUCGUGGUUCUUCGAGGAGAAACACAGGAUUUUGCUGUGAGGGCCCUCAUAGACACUGGAAGCCAGAAAUCUUAUAUUACGAAAGAAGCUGCUAAGAAAAUGAAGUAUCCUGCAUUAAAAGAAACAACUCUUAUUCAUACUUUGUUUGGAGGGAUGCAAAAUCCUCAGAAACAUUCAGAAUACAAGAUUUUUGUAAGUGAUUUUAACAAAAAUUAUCAUUGCACUUUUAACGCAUUUGACCAAGAGAAAAUCUGUGCCGAAAUUUGUCAGAUACCAACCGGAUUUUGGUCAAAGGAACUAGAGGAUAAUGGAAUCCAUCUAACGGAUCAAGAAUGUUUACCAUCUUGUUCUUCAUCAACAAUCCAUUUGCUUAUUGGUGCUGACAUAGCAGGAAAAUUGAUGACUGGAAAAAUCCUCAAUUUAACUUGUGGAUUAACUGCCACUGAGACUUUGCUUGGUUGGACACUUAUGGGAAGAGCACCAAGCAAUUUAGACUCUAUAAACAUGACAGUGACAAACUUACUUAUAAAAGAUUGUAAUAUAAGUGACUUAUGUAAGUUAGAAGCCAUUGGAAUUACUGAUCCUACUGAAUCGAAAAAGAAGACUGAAAUGCAUCAAGACAUUGAGAAGGCAUUUCUUCAGAUCGGAAUCAGAGAGAGGUACAAGGAUUAUCUGCGAUUUUUAUGGAAAACCAAAGACAAGGGAAUGAAAAUCUACAGACAUCGUAGAGUUGUGUUUGGUGUCACCUGCAGUCCAUCCCUUUUAGCGGCAACUUUGAAUUGCCAUCUGGAGUUGAAGAUGAAAAAGAAGAGGCAGUACAACAGCAAUAUGUUGAACAUCCUGAGCUACCAGAAUCGGACGAAACGUCUCUGUCAAAUCUAA